AGCUGCAGAUCACCAUACGAGCCAGUUUAGCAGUGUCCUUUACCUUCACUGAAGAUGGGUGUUCUUCCUGCUCAAAGUUUCGUCAAAUUCUUUGUUCUUUUCCUUCUUGUUGGGGAGAGCCUGGCAAAUAAAGGCAAGCUCAGCGUCAGCUACUACGACAGUACGUGCCCUCAAGCUGAUGAGCUAGUCUAUCAGGCCGUGAGGAAGGCCGCCAUGGGCGAUCAGAAAGUCCCUGCUCGUCUUCUUCGGAUGUUCUUCCAUGAUUGCUUUAUAAGGGGGUGCGAUGGGUCGGUGCUCUUGGACGGAAACGGAACGGAGAAAACUGCACCCCCCAACUUGUCCCUUGGUGCUUUCGAUGUGAUCGAUGCGGCGAAGGCGAAGGUGGAAGAUGCCUGCCCCCGUACAGUCUCAUGUGCAGACAUAUUGGCCAUGGCAGCCAGAGACGCCGUCGUCCUGUCUGGCGGUCCUCAAUGGAAGGUGUUGAAGGGAAGAAAAGACGGCAGAGUCUCCAUCGCUGAGGAGACUAAAGAGCUCCCUCCACCAAACUCCACCGUCACAAAACUCAUCCAAAGCUUUGCCAAGCGAGGACUCUCAGUUGGGGACCUGGUGGUUCUCUCAGGCGCCCACACUUUGGGAGUUUCUAGCUGCACCAGCUUCUCGAGCAGAAUCAACACGGGCAACGUGGAUCCUGCAAUGGACUCGAAGUUUGCCACGAAACUUCAGGGCGAAUGCUCCAUGCUGAAUGCCGCCUCCGGGAACACCGUGUUCCUGGACGCCACGGCGGUCAAGUUCGACAACAACUACUACAAGAGAUUGACGAGGGGGAAGGGGGUGCUGACUUCGGACCAGGACCUGUACAAUGAUGCUAGAACCAGGGAACUGGUGAACCUCUAUGGAAGACACAAGGGGCUCUUCUUCUCCGAGUUUGCUGCUUCCAUGGUGAGGAUGGGGAACAUUGGCGUUAAAGGAGAGGAUGGAGAAGUGAGUCUGAACUGCAGGGUUGUCAACUGAUAGAGGGCGGCGCUCAUUUAGACACAUAUAUUACAGUUUCUGCUUGGACUUUGCUUUUAUAUGUGUCCAUGUAUAUGUACGAGUAAGCAUGUAAGCAUAAUCAAGCCACCCUGAAGCCCUAGUUUGUCUUGUAUGGCACUAGAGAUGAUCAUGAGGAAAUGCUCAUGACGAGUGAAUGUAUAUGCAUAUGUGUGUAUGUUAGAUGGAUUAAGUAUGUACUUGUAUUAGAAAAAAAUAUAAAGU